AUGGGCUUUAAGAGGAGGAAACCGUCCACACUGCACAAAGCACAGCACCACGCGGUCCGAUUCUCCGGUGCCAGCCCCAACUCUCGUUCACAUGUAGCAGAGACCCCUGGGCGCCGCCAUAUUGGGUCGGGGUGGGGCCUAAAGCGUCACGUGGGCGGAAAAAGCGAACGGAGCAGGCGCACCAGGAAGCGGGCGGGAGCUUGGAAAGCGCUAACAGGCUCUACACUGGCUCUAGAGCUGUUGUGUUCUGCGUACCGUGAGAAACGCAAUGUUCACAAUUUCUCAGUACGAACGCAUCGUAAGCACUACCAGUACGUACACACCAAUGCAAUUCGCAGCAAUUCGAAGGACUCGCAGGCCCUGCGACGGCGGCGUCGGGCGCUCCGGGGUUCGCACCGCCUGAAUCCGCCUCGCCCUGCCCAGGGCGCCUCCAAAUCCCCGGGUGCGGGGCUCGGCUCGCCCGGACCGCGGACCGCGACGCUUCCCGGCUGGCGCCUCCCCUCCGCGGCUGCCACGCCUGCCGCGUCCUGGGCCCGGCUUAAGAGCGCGGCUCGCGGAGCGGGGAGCCGGGGGACCGAACCCGCUGUCGUGCGCACCGCGGAGCCGGGACAGGCGCGCGGCUAUGGAGGGCAGCGCGACAUCGGCACCUUCGUGGUGUGGGACUAUGUGGUGUUCGCCGGGAUGCUGCUCAUCUCCGCCGCCAUCGGCAUCUACUACGCCUUCUCCGGGGGGCUCCAGCAGAAUUCCAAGGAAUUCCUGAUGGGCGGCCGCCGGAUGACCGCCGUGCCCGUGGCGCUGUCCCUCACCGCCAGCUUCAUGUCUGCCGUCACCGUGCUGGGGACCCCCUCUGAGGUCUAUCGCUUUGGGGCCAUCUUCAGCAUCUUUGCCGUCACCUACUUCUUCGUGGUCCUCAUCAGCGCGGAGGUCUUCCUCCCGGUGUUCUACAGACUGGGCAUCACCAGCACCUAUGAGUACUUAGAGCUUCGAUUUAACAAAUAUGUCCGUCUCUGUGGAACAGUUCUCUUCAUUGUUCAAACAAUCCUUUAUACUGGAAUUGUUAUUUAUGCCCCUGCUCUGGCUUUGAAUCAAGUCACAGGAUUCGAUCUGUGGGGUGCAGUAGUAGCAACGGGGGUGGUCUGCACGUUCUACUGCACAUUGGGUGGUCUUAAAGCUGUUAUCUGGACAGAUGUUUUUCAAGUUGGGAUUAUGGUGGCUGGAUUUGCAUCUGUGAUUAUACAGGCCACAGUGAUACAGGGUGGAAUUAGACGGAUUCUAGAUGAUGCUUAUAACGGUGGAAGAUUAAACUUCCGGAAUUUUGAUCCUAAUCCUUUGCAAAGACAUACAUUCUGGACAAUUAUUAUUGGAGGAACAUUCACCUGGACCGGCAUCUAUGGUGUCAACCAAUCCCAAGUGCAGAGAUAUAUUUCCUGUAAAAACCGAUUUCAGGCAAAAAUGUCUCUCUAUAUCAACCUCAUAGGACUCUGGGCAAUCCUUGUCUGCUCAGUGCUUUGUGGACUUGCCCUGUAUUCUAGGUACCAUGAUUGUGACCCUUGGACAGCCAAGAAAGUAUCUGCACCAGACCAGCUCAUGCCUUAUUUAGUAUUGGACAUUUUGCAAGAUUAUCCAGGAAUUCCUGGACUUUUCGUGGCCUGUGCUUACAGCGGCACUUUGAGCACGGUGUCCUCCAGUAUCAAUGCCUUAGCAGCUGUCACUGUGGAAGAUCUAGUCAAGCCCUACUUCAGAACGCUUUCAGAAAGGGGUCUCUCUUGGACUUCCCAAGGAUUGAGUGUGCUGUUUGGAGCCCUGUGUAUAGGAAUGGCUGCACUGGCUUCUCUAAUGGGAGCUCUUUUGCAGGCGGCACUCAGCAUAUUUGGCAUGGUUGGUGGCCCACUGCUGGGCUUGUUUUCUCUAGGCAUUUUGGUUCCCUUUGCCAACUCAAUUGGAGCACUUGUUGGUCUGGCAGCUGGAUUUGCUGUUUCUCUGUGGGUGGGAAUUGGAGCUCAACUUUACCCUCCACUUCCUGAGAGAACUAUGCCGCUAAGUCUUGAAACCUAUGGCUGCAACAUUACAAACAAUGGGACGAAUUGGAUGACAACAACAGAAAUGCCAUUUUCUACUAGUGCUUUUCAAAUACAUGAUGCUGAAAGGACCCCGCUGAUGGAUAACUGGUACUCUUUAUCCUAUUUGUACUUCAGCACACUUGGAACUUUGGUAACUGUAUUUGUGGGGAUGCUUGUCAGUUUACCAACAGGAGGAACAAAACAAAACUUGGACAGAAAAUUCUUACUAACCAAAGAAGACUUUUUAUCCAACUUUGACAUUUUUAAGAAAAAGAAGCAUGAUAUAAACUAUAAAUCUCACCCAGUAGAAGAUGGAGGAACUGAUAAUCCUGCCUUCAACCACAUUGAAUUGAACUUUCCGGAACAAAGUGAAAAGAUCAAUGGGACUCGUUUGUGA